GGUGCGCAUCACAGCCCCCACAGUCCGGCCUACCUCAUUCCCCUUGCAUCAACCAUUGAUCUCCGAAUGAACGAAGAACAUUGCUAGAUCCGUUUCCUUUUCCGGGAGCCGAACGAGAGAAAGGGGAGAGAGAGAGAAAGAAAUGGAGGUUUUCGACCUCUUCGUCUCUUCUCGAUCCUUCUCCUUCUUUUCCCAGAUUCCCACGCUAUGCGAUGGUCAAUCGGUGUAGGGAUCAAGUCUGAUGUGUAUGUGAAGCUGUUUUGAUUCUUUCCCCGAUAAAGCCUUUGCUGAUGUCUUUCUUAUAAUACAGUCACCCUUCUGGCCAUCAAAAUGUGGAGGUUUGGUUCACAUUCCAUAACUGGAAAUUUAGGUCCAAAAAGCAUCUCAUCAAAGCCAAGCUCAGCAAAUGUUGAUUGUUCUGAUGAUGAAGCUACACCACAUGCUCCUAGGGAAGAAGGGCUUGAAUGCCCAAUAUGUUGGGAAUCUUUCAACAUUGUGGAAAAUGUGCCGUAUGUUUUAUGGUGCGGCCACACCCUCUGCAAGAACUGCAUCCUAGGACUUCAGUGGGCUGUCAUGAAAUUUCCAUCUCUACCUGUCCAGCUUCCCCUCUUCAUUUCAUGCCCAUGGUGUCACUUAUUAUCAUUCCGGCUGAUUUACAAGGGCGAUCUAAAGUUUCCAAGAAAGAAUUAUUUCUUGCUCUGGAUGGUUGAAAGCAUGAGCAGAGACCAGGCAAAAUCUUAUUCUUCAGUUAACGCAGGCAGCCAACUGGUAUGCCCUCCAAAUGGCGGUUUGGCUGUGGGAAACAUUAACUAUCGCCAGAACCUCAGAGGAAUCACCCAAUACAUGCAUCUGGAGGAUUUGCACUCUAGCACAAAUCAACCAGGUCUGAGGGCUAACUACGUGAACGUGGAGAGGAUUCACUCGUCACUUCGGGAGUCGCUGGUUUUCUUUGUUCAAUUGACUGCCAAGUUCCCACUGGUUCUCAUAUUCCUCCUCAUUGUCCUAUAUGCAAUACCUGCCAGUGCUGCUAUUCUGGCCCUGUACAUCCUCGUCACUAUCCUGUUUGCAUUGCCUUCUUUCUUAAUAUUGUACUUUGCAUACCCUAGUUUGGAUUGGAUUGUUAGAGAAAUCAUCACAUGAGAUUCUCAAUCUUGCCCAAGCCAGGACAUGUAAGUCGGAGCUUCUCCAGGUGCUCCUUGAUUGAUUGUGCAGUAUGUUCAUGUUGUAAUUCAGAUAUCUUGUACCACACAAAAUCUUACCCAAUGAAGGUUGUGGACUGGGCUUUACUAGGUAUAAUCAUGUUGACAUAUAUCUAUAUUGCCAGCUUCUUUGUUUA